GAUGAAAAUGGUCAACUCAGACAGCCUGAAGAAGAAUGGGAUAGCAACCAAGAGUGUGAAAAAUGCCGAUGCCUAUUCAACAAUAUCACAUGUUACCCAGAUACAACUUCACCAAGGUGUAGGCUAACAACCUCAGCACCAUCAACCACAACUACAAGGACAACCAUUCUUUCCAGCACAGAGCAUGAAGUAACUACAACCACAACAGAACUUGUUACAACCAUUACUCCUGUGUACUGUAACUACGACAUGGACAAGAUUCCUGAAUUGAAUGUUUCACGGUAUGCAUCCAACAACCCAUCAGAAAUAAUUCCAGCGGACCAGCCUUGGACAUCCACUGCACCAUUUGGUCCUAGCUUGAUCAUAGUCUUUUCUAAGCCUUCCCGGAUCAACCAGCUGGAAUUCACGACCACCUCUGGUGCCCUUGUUGUAGUAAAGAUCGGUGUAAUAUACCAACCAGACUCCACAGUGGUGGAUAAGUAUUUGUUUGGUGGAAGUAAUGAAAUAGUGAACUCAGGGGAGAGACUUGAUAUACCAGACCAACCAGAAGAUGUUUCUAUUUAUGCCAUCAAGAUAAUAUUCUCGACCUCAGAAUCGCAAACUAUUGAUUUGUUUGGCUGCAAUGUGGAAGUUUCAACAACCAUUUCUGUGACAACUACAUCUCCAUCUACAACCAUACAGGAAAUUACAACACCACAAAGAGACUGUGGUCCGAGAUGCGAAUGUGAUGUGAAUUGUGAUGGUGUUAUCAUGGAUCCCGCCUGCCCGCCAGUAGUUCCAGAAAGUUGUCAAGGUUGCUUCUGCCCAGUUGGUACACAGAGGCGUGGGGACUACUGCUACCACUGCACCACCGUCAACGACACGUGCACCAAGUACCACUGCACCACCGUCAACGACACGUGCACCAAGUACCACUGCACCACCGUCAACGACACGCGCACCAAGUACAACUGCACCGCCGUCAACGACACGCGCACCAAGUACAACUGCACCGCCGUCAACGACACGCGCACCAAGUACCACUGUACCACAGUCAACGACACGCGCACCAAGUACAACUGCACCACCGUCAACGACACGCGCACCAAGUACAACUGUACCACCGUCAACGACACGCGCACCAAGUACCACUGUACCACAGUCAACGACACGCGCACCAAGUACAACUGCACCACCGUCAACGACACGCGCACCAAGUACAACUGUACCACCGUCAACGACACGCGCACCAAGUACCACUGUACCACAGUCAACGACACGCGCACCAAGUACCACUGUACCACAGUCAACGACACGCGCACCAAGUACCACUGCACCACCGUCAACGACACGCGCACCAAGUACCACUGCACCACCGUCAACAACACGCGCACCAAGUACCACUGUACCACCGUCAACGACACGCGCACCAAGUACCACUGCACCAUCGUCAACAACACGUGCACCAAGUACCACUGCACCAGCGUCAACGACACGCGCACCAAGUACCACUGCACCAUCGUCAACAACACGCGCACCAAGUACCACUGUACCACCGUCAACGACACGCGCACCAAUACCACUGCAUCACCGUCAACGACACGCGCACCAAGUACCACUGCACCACCGUCAACAACACGUGCACCAAGUACCACUGUACCACAGUCAACGACACGUGCACCAAGUACCACUGUACCACCGUCAACGACACGCGCACCAAGUACAACUGUACCACCGUCAACGACACGCGCACCAAGUACCACUGUACCACCGUCAACGACACGCGCACCAAGUACCACUGCACCACCGUCAACGACACGCGCACCAAGUACCACUGCACCACCGUCAACGACACGCGCACCAAGUACAACUGUACCACCGUCAACGACACGCGCACCAAGUACCACUGCACCACCGUCAACGACACGCGCACCAAGUACAACUGUACCACCGUCAACGACACGCGCACCAAGUACCACUGCACCACCGUCAACGACACGUGCACCAAGUACCACUGCACCACCGUCAACAACUGUUCGCCUUACUACCACAAUUGCACCAACAACAACUUACACUUGUGAUGAGCAGUGUGUCUGCGAUUUCAAUUGCCUUGGACAAGUAGAGAAUGACAGUUGUCCCAGCAAUGUUCCACAGGAGUGCAUAAGAUGUACCUGUCCUCCACCGACCCAGAGAUAUCAGCAUUACUGUGUCCGCCCACCUUCGCCAGAUUCAUGCAGGACAACUGCACCAAGUACCACUGCACCACCAACCACCCUUAUCACCACAGCAGCACCAACCACAACUGGAGUACCCUUCACCACAAAAGAACAGUAUUGCAACCCUCCGUGCAUCUGUGAAGUUGACUGUUAUGGAGUUCUCAUCCAGCAGACUUGUCCUGUCAAUGUCCCUGAUUACUGCAUUACAUGUGCAAGCUGUCCUCCUGGCACAAGGAAGAGCCCUACUGGAAUUUAUUGUGAACGUCCUCCACCUCGUGGAGAGUGUGUUACAACAGUAGUGCCAACAACUCAAGGUGUUUGCUUGGACCCAAUGAGCCCAUUUGGCACGGAUCUAGAAAAGGCUAAUUCACGAGAGACCCGACCACCACAUGGAGCUGAUGUCACCACCUACAUCGGGGAAGAGAUUCCAUGGCGCCCCGGUGUGCCAGACUCUAAAGUCACUGUGUUGUUCAAGCAGCAGGUCCAUAUUAAUGCAGUGAGACUCCAGGCAGCGGAAUACCAAGAUGGCACAUACAAGCUCCAGGCAAUCUUCCUGCACCUUUUCCCCUUGACAGGUGCAAUCCAAGAAACAGUCCAUACCUUCGAGACCACCCUCACAGGGGAUACACCAAGCGACUACUUUUUCCCAAAUGAAAUGAGUUUUGUCAUGAAUGUGACAUUGAUUGUUAUGUCCACUUCUGAGUUCAACUCAACGCUGAGGUUGGACUUCCUUGGAUGUACUGAAGAGCUCCCCACUACAACCCCCAUUGUAACCACUACAGCUCCAUCAACAACGGAAGUUACAACAACAGUGAGUACCACUGCCAAGCCAAGUACGACUGAAGAAUACACCACAACAAUUCGGACCACUACUCCGGAGGCUACUACUACACAAAUAACAACAGUGGAAACAACUACAGAGAAAGCAACAACGACAGUUGUUACAACUCAGCUUACAACAAAUGAAGGUACUACAACAGAAACACCAACCACCACCACAGAGUCCAUUACCACGGCUGUGACAACAACCACUCCGGAGGUGACGACCACUGAGAUGACUACAAGGGUUCUAUCAACUACUGAGGCUUCCACAACAGCUGCUCCAUCUACAACGAAGGCAGAAACUACUCGUUUGACCACCACCGAAAGCACCACCGCACAGCCUUCAACUACAGUCAAGGAAACCACCACUAUUGUGUCAACUACUCCAGAAGUUACAACAACAGUGACAACAACAGCUGCAUCAACCACAAAAGCCUCUACAACAGCAGAAAUAACAACAGUUACCACUACUCAGGAAAUUACGACGGUUCCAGCAACAACUCGGAUGCCAACUACUGAAAAAGUCACAACUACCACUGUCUUAACAACAACUCCUGAAUCUACAACAUCUGAACAGAUGACUACAGCUUUGUCUACCACGGCAGCUUCUACCACUGGUCCUCCAAGUACAACGGAGAAGUCAACUACUCGUGUGACAACUACAGAGGCUCCCUCAACAACUGCCCCACCUUCAACAACUGCCCCACCUUCAACAACCAAGGAGGUAACAACAGUCGUAACCACUACCCCUGAAUCUACCACAAAGGAAGUCACCACAGUGGAGUCUACAACAGUGUCAACUACUUCACCACCAUCAACUACUCCAGAGGUAUGUGCGGAUGAUCUUGACAAAUUGCCAAAUGUGACGAUAAUACGCGAAGACCCAGAAUCAGGCAAUGAAUUACCUCCGACUGAUUGGUGGCGCCCUAGCAACCCACCCAACGAUGUUACAUCACCACACAAUGGAUCAUGUUUGGGGGCUACCUUCAGCCCACGGGUUGAAAUCACGUCGGUCAUCAUAAAGACAGAACAAGGCCCACCGGGAGACAUAACUGUUUCCUUCAAAUUUCAACCAGGUGACAGGCAACCAUACCUGCCUCUAGUAGAUGAAGCUGGCUCUCCUAUCUUUAUUGGCAAAACAGAUCAAAAGAUCUAUCUACCAUCCAGUAUGGCGUUGGUGACGGGACUCAAAGUUUGCAUCAUCACCUCAAACCCAGAUGGUUACAAAGUGAUAUUCAACGGUUGUGAACAUGGAGUGACUACAACCAGUGCACCCUCAACAACAGAGGCACCCUCAACAACAGAGGCCUCCACAACAGAGGCUAGAACCACUGUUGUGAGUACUACCGUUACUUCAACUGUACCAUCAACUACUGAGGCACCAUCGACUACUGAGGAGGUGACAACCACUGUUGUGUACACAACUACUCCAGAGUCAACUACAGUUGAAGAGACGACUACAGUACUGAGCACCACUGAAGAAAGUACAACUGGUCCUCCAAGUACAACGGAGAAGUCAACUACUCGCGUGACAACUACUAAGGCUCCCUCAACAACUGCCCCACCUUCAACAACUGCCCCACCUUCAACGACCAAGGAGGUAACAACAGUUGUGACCACUACCCCUGAAUCUACCACAAAGGAAGUCACCACAGUGCAGUCUACAACAGAGGCCUCCACGACAGAGGCUAGAACCACUGUUGUGAGUACUACCGUUACUUCAACUGUACCGUCAACUACUGAGGCACCAUCGACUACUGAGGAGGUGACAACCACUGUUGUGUACACAACUACUCCAGAAUCAACUACUGUUGAAGAGACGACUACAGUACAGAGCACCACUGAAGAAAGUACAACUGGUCCUCCAAGUACAACGGAGCAGUCAACUACUCGCGUGACAACUACUGAGGCUCCCUCAACAACUGCCCCACCUUCAACAACUGCCCCACCUUCAACGACCAAGGAGGUAACAACAGUUGUGACCACAACCCCUGAAUCUACCACAAAGGAAGUCACCACAGUGCAGUCUACAACAGAGGCCUCCACAACAGAGGCUAGAACCACUGUUGUGAGUACUACCGUUACUUCAACUGUACCGUCAACUACUGAGGCACCAUCGACUACUGAGGAGGUGACAACCACUGUUGUGUACACAACUACUCCAGAGUCAACUACAGUUGAAGAGACGACUACAGUACUGAGCACCACUGAAGAAAGUACAACUGGUCCUCCAAGUACAACAGAGAAGUCAACUACUCGUGUGACAACUACUGAGGCUCCCUCAACAACUGUCCCACCCUCAACAACUGCCCCACCUUCAACAACUGCCCCACCUUCAACAACUGCCCCACCUUCAACGACUGCUCCACCUUCAACAACUGCCCCACCCUCAACAACUGCCCCACCCUCAACAACUGCCCCACCUUCAACAACUGCUCCACCUUUAACAACUGCUCCACCUUCAACAACCAAGGAGGUAACAACAGUUGUGACUACUACCCCUGAAUCUACCACAAAGGAAGUCACUACAGUGGAGUCGACAACAGUGUCAACUACUUCACCACCAUCAACUACUCCAGAGGUAUGUGCGGAUGAUCUUGACAAAUUGCCAAAUGUGACGAUAAUACGCGAAGACCCAGAAUCAGGCAAUGAAUUACCUCCGACUGACUGGUGGCGCCCUAGCAACCCACCCAACGAUGUUACAUCACCACACAAUGGAUCAUGUUUGGGGGCUACCUUCAGCCCACGGGUUGAAAUCACGUCGGUCAUCAUAAAGACAGAACAAGGCCCACCGGGAGACAUAACUGUUUCCUUCAAAUUUCAACCAGGUGACAGGCAACCAUACCUGCCUCUAGUAGAUGAAGCUGGCUCUCCUAUCUUUAUUGGCAAAACAGAUCAAAAGAUCUAUCUACCAUCCAGUAUGGCGUUGGUGACGGGACUCAAAGUUUGCAUCAUCACCUCAAACCCAGAUGGUUACAAAGUGAUAUUCAACGGUUGUGAACACGGAGUGACUACAACCAGUGCACCCUCAACAACAGAGGCACCCUCAACAACAGAAGUCUCAACAACCGAGACUAGAACCACUGUGGUGAGUACUACCGUUACUUCUACUGUACCAUCAACUACUGAGGCACCAUCAACUACUGAGGAGGUGACAACCACUGUUGUGUACACAACUACUCCAGAGUCGUCCUCCAAGUACAACGGAGCAGUCAACUACUCGCGUGACAACUACUGA